AUGUCGACUGCUAGUGAUGAUGCUUAUUCGUCACUAUGGCCUAGCAGCUGUGUGGGCACACUUUCACAGUGGGAUCCGGAAAAUGGAAUCACAGGGGAGCCAUUCAAAAUAUACUCUGGUGAGGUCAUCUAUAUUGGAAGGGACUACAGGAAGUGGAUCCAGUCAUCUCGAACAAACACCUCCGUAUAUACGAUCAUAUUCGACCAUGAAAAUCCGGAAGAGAUUGCACCAUUAGUAUAUGCUCAAGAUAUUUCUAGUAACGGCACACUCUGGAACAACAACUGGAUCGAGAAAAGUAACAGCAGCGUGCUCCUAAGCGACGGUGAUAUCCUCACACUGUCUGGGCGUUUCCAUAUUCUAUUUCAAUGCGCGACGACUACCGCAGAGCCUUUCGAUAAAAUGCAGGAUAUGGAAAUGAAGACUUUUCAAAACCGAUAUGCUAUUACGAAGCGCAAAUUAGGAUCGGGAGCAUAUGGGCAAGUUCACAUGGCCAUCAGCAAGGAAACAGGACAACAGGUCGCUUGUAAAAUCGUCGACAUCAGAGGGCUGAGGAAUAAGCUGCAAUGUUUAGAAGCACAGGAAGCAAUAAUGCCCUCUAAGGGCAACAUAAGCAGUUUAGCCACCGAAAUCGACAAUUGCACCCAGGAACAGGCAAGCACAGAAUGGAGAAGGCGCCAAUAUCUACUAAAAUACAUCAAAGACAAGUUAAAGAUAUACGACCGGGAGGCGGAGAUAUUAGAGAAACUGUGCCACCCAAAUAUAAUCCGGAUAGAACAGGUUAUCAAGACUACCAACACAAUGCAAGUCCAGAUCCAAGCAAAAGAAAGCUCAGUAUUUACUGACGCUGUAUGCAGCUAUAUAUUCCAAGAUUUGGUAACCGCUGGCGACCUUUUCUCCUUUCUGGAAUACAAGUGUGGAAAGCUACUUGAUAUUGAAGCAGCAGUGAUCGUCCGGCAGAUACUGAUAGCACUUGACUACUUACACGAACGCAACAUCGUACAUCGAGAUCUUAAGCCUGAUAACAUUCUCAUGACUUCUCAGGCCGACGGGUGCAGGGUCAUUCUCACUGAUUUUGGAUGCGCAAGAGUUAUCCAGCAUAAGCAUGACCGAAUGCUGACACUUAUGGGCACAUUUGAAUAUGCAGCACCAGAAGUUGUCCAACAAUCGCAUGCCCGCAGAAAUGGCUACACAAAAUCAGUUGAUCUAUGGUCCCUUGGCUGCAUCACAGCCGUUCUGUUGACAGGAGGGUCGCCAUUUAUGGAUCCAGAUACCCGCUUGUAUUCCGAAGAACUGGCACGAGAAUGUAACCUAGAAAGACUUGAGGCUGAUGAGACAUGGAUAUGUGUCGGUGAACGUCCGAAAGACUUUAUUUAUCGGCUCCUCGUUCUCGAUGAGGGUAGCCGUAUGGACGUGAAGCAAGCGUUGAAACACUGCUGGUUCACCAACCCUGCUCACAAAAAAGAAUUCGAACUUCUCUAUGAUCGGACAGUCAAGGACUGGAAACCGCGCCCUUCAAGAAAACCAGUACUCCUUGAAUAUCAACUGCUGACAGGGGGGUCGGAGAUAUGCAGUGAAGGAGACUGUGAUAUACAAGCAAAACAGCUCGCUGCAACCAAUCAUCCACAGCACGUAUAUCGCCCGUUCCUAUCAACAUGUAGCAAGGCACCCUCUACCGAGUCGAGGAUACCAUCGUCCUCAGUUAUUGAACAGAUGCUUGAUUAUCACGACGCUCCUUCGCCUACUCUGUCUGAUACAAAUCUGCCAUUCUUCAACCGGGACGGGAAGGAGACUACAUCCACAAUGCAGACAUUUCCCGUAAAGAAACAUGCAUGUAAUGUUACUGAGAUACUUGAUGACCCGAAUGGUCCAGGAAUUAUCACGACGAGAUUGAGAUCUCGCAUCCGGUUGCCCUACAGUCCGGAAGCCUGGUUCAAGGGAAGCAAGAAUACUAGGUCUCUGGCAAAGCAAAAGGGUAAAGAGAGCCCUCUGUCUCGGGUGCUUAUGACCAAGAGCGGAACCUCAGGUACCGCAGUCGCCACUCGAGCUGUCAAAGCCUGGGCAAACCAGAAAAACCUUGCGCCUGAAACCCAAACCAAGUACGGUUUGGGCAAACGACACCAUAUGAGCCACAUCUAUGAUCUACCAGAGGACGAAGUUUAUGAGGAGGUGGAGAACACACUUUCCGGAGAGCGCCAUAAGGUCCUCUACGGGAGAGACAUUGGGACUGGAGUGAAGGUGGAAUCUGACGAGCAAAGUUUCUCAUGA